UUCACUUUACCCUUACAAGAAAACCGGCCACCCUCUCCAUCUCCGGCGAGUCUUCUUUCUCUGAAAUUUGAUGGAGGCGAAGGUGCCAUUUUUCUCCUUUGAAAUUGUACGAACGCACUCGAUGUGUGAUAGAGUCUUUUGGUCGCAUUGUGGUAGUCUGGGCUACACAAUCUCCACGUUUAUAGUUUUUUCAGUGCCCUGGUUGGGCGAUUAUAUGGAAACAACUAUUGAGGUCACUCCAUUGGCGGUUUUCGUGAUGUCAGUGAUGUGCCUGUCCGUCAUAUUGGUUAUGUUUUUCUAUUGUUAUCUUGCUAUGGUAUCUCGAUACUUGCCCUGUAAACCAGUGGGACGUUGCACAAGACAUGGUUUGGAGUUGUUUGCCUUGUCUUUUGCUGUAAUAUUGCAGUGCUUUUGGGGGUUUACAGACACCAAUCUCGAAGUCUUCUCAGGGUUUAUUAUGCAAAUUCAUACCUGGUAUCAACUCCGACGGAAUCCUCCUGAUCUUGGCUAUUUGGAUUUGUUCUUGGAUCUACUUAUGCAAGUGGCAGUUUUUGCAUGUGGGGAUAACAAGUAUGCUCUUGUUGCUACAUUUGUUGCAUCCCUGUUCAUUAUCAGUUAUAGAUUUUAUUACUAUUCAUGCCCGGAGACUUCUGAUUUGCCUGUUGGCAACAUUCAAAAGUUGGGUACAGAGAAAGCAUGUUGAUUUAUCUUACUGUAAUAUAUUACUGUAAUAUAUGUGAUUGAUCAUU